UUUGAGAUGUACCCAAUGAAGGUUAAGGGUGUGAAAGGAGCUUGGGAGGCCGAUCCCCAGUCGGUUUACCACAAAGUACCAUGCGACGCAUUUUGCUAACGACGUAAACGGACAAACAUAGACGGAUAGGCUUCAGCUAGCAUACAAGGAGUUGAACUGUACACGCUACUGGAAUGGUUCCCAGGUUGAAAACUAUAAUUAUUAACCCGGUAGGUCCUUGUAAACAACCCAAACGGCCAGUUGUCGUUGUUGUUGUUGUUUUGGGAUAGCGGCGCCCCGCGGCUUUGAUGCAGCCAAGAGCGAAGAUCCAGACGUCCAUCAUAAUCCGCAGUGUCAACAUCUCCCUUCAACUGCGUGUGGUGGAGGUUACUCUAAGCAAGCCUGUUUGGAUCCGCUAUGCAAGCGAACACAACGCGGGGCUUCUUGUGGUCGGACGUCGAAACGAGGACCUUGUUGAACAUCUGGGGGGAGCAGGACAUCCAGGCGGCGCUGGAUGGAAACUUCCGAAACAGCUUCGUGUACCGCGACGUUUCCCGGAGGCUGGGAGCGAUGGGCUUUGAAAGGACACCGGAACAAUGCAGAGUGCGGAUCAAGAGCCUCAAGAGACAGUACUUGUUGGCGAAGGAGGGUAACCUACGGAACAACGGGCAGUAUCACAAGAUUUGCAAGUUUUAUGACACCAUGGAGAGGAUUUUGAGCAACCGGCCCGCUCUUGACCCGCAGGAGUUCAUAGACAGCGGGGCGGGGGGGGAGGAGGCCGUGGAUGGUCUGGAGGAGGAUGGAGAAGAUGCUCAAGAUGCAUACUCCGAGAGCACAGGGGAGUGUCCUUAUCCUGCAGAGACUGAAGUGAAGCUGGAAUACCCAACUGUUCCCAUCCCUAUUCCAGUUAAAGUGACAGUGGGCAAUAACAGCACCUCAGUAAGACCACAGAACAGCAGCCAGUCAGCCAGUAAUCUGUCAGCCAGAACACCUAAGAGACCGAGGAAGAGACGUGCUAACUUCCCCAUGGAGAAACUAAUGGAGCAGUUCCUCGAGCAGAGCGCCCAGGCCGAGGACAACUUCUACCGGAUGGAGGAGCAGCGCUUGCAGGCAGAAGACCGCCGCAGAGAAGCCGAGCACACCAGGGAGCUGCACAUGCUUCAGAUGCUCGGCCAGAUGUUCUCCAGUCUCUCCUCCGCCAGACCCGGCUCUGCUGCCACACCCUCCAAGACAGCUCCCCCCACCCGCGCACCUGUGUUCUCCAGUGCCUCCCAAUCAUGUACACGUGGCCAGUCCAGUCAUCUCAGACGCCCUUCACCCCAGACAGACUGUUUCAUCCAUCAGAGUCAACUGUUGAACCCAGAUCCCCAGGCAUUAGUGUUUGAACGCUACUACAGCUUGGGGUCUACAUCAUACAGAGGCAUGGAUGAUGAUAUCCUCUCACUAGUAAAGAGCAUAGUCCCUCCACUGACAUCCAAAAAGCACAAGGGACAAGAUGGACGUAUUGGGAUCAUUGGAGGAUGCCAAGACUAUACCGGAGCUCCAUACUUUGCUGCCAUCUCUGCACUGAAAGUGGGGGCUGACUUGUCUCACGUGUUCUGCACCAAAGAUGCUGCAACUGUAAUCAAAUCAUACAGCCCUGAGCUCAUAGUUCAUCCUGUUCUGGACAGUCCUAAUGCAGUGGAAGAAAUAGAAAAAUGGCUCCCAAGACUGCACAGCCUCGUGGUGGGACCAGGUCUAGGGAGAGAAGACUUAUUACUGAAAACAGCCAAGGAGGUGAUAGAGAAGUCAAAAGCAAGAGACAUCCCCAUAGUCAUUGAUGCAGAUGGAUUAUGGCUAGUUACACAGCAACCAUCUGUUAUUCAAGGGUACCAGAAGGGUAUCCUCACACCUAACUUCAUGGAGUUCACCCGACUAUAUGAGGCACUGCACCAUGAACCCAUGGACAGCAGUGAUCAUCAACGCAGUGUCAUGCAGCUCAGUGUAGCCAUGGGCAACCUCACUCUGGUGCUGAAAGGUGAACAGGAUCUCAUUACAGACGGCAGUAAGGUGAUCUCAUGCAGCAUUGACGGCAGUGGGAGAAGAUGUGGUGGACAGGGUGACCUCCUAUCUGGAUCCCUGGGAGUGCUGGCACACUGGGCUCAUGCUGCGUCGCCAGCUGGAGUGGUCAGAAGUGUGAAUCCAUCACUGGUUGCAGCAUUCGGGGCCUGUUCACUCACCAGACAGUGCAACAGUCAAGCAUUCCAGCGACACGGGAGGUCCACCACCACCUCGGACAUGAUCGAGGAGAUUGGCUCAGCCUUUAAAAAGCUAUAUGAAAGCUGAAAACGGACAACUGAAAUCAGUAUAGGUGUUGUUAAAAAGCUAUACAUGCAUACACAAGAUUGCAUUCUUGAAAACUGUUACUAUAGCCUUUGGGUAGGCUGGAAGAAAAUGUUUUCAUCAAAUUGAAUUUGAAUGAAGGUUAGAGAGGUGUGGGCUAUCCCUUCAAAGACAGCGCUCAAAAUCUGUGGCAAAAAAUAAACACUGACCUUGUUGACUUAAGUGCAUUAAAUGAACCUUCUAAUUAAACCAACCAACACUGUC